AUGAGUUCACAAAAACAACAAAAACAUCAUGAAGAAACUCAUCUACGAGGAGAGUACGGAAAGAUUAUUGGGCCAACUACAGUGGCCGGUCAAACACUCUCCGCUGUCCAAACUGUAGGAGAUGCAAUUACUCCAUUCGUCCCCUUUUUCAGCAUGGUUACCAACAUACUUGAAUCGAUGUUAUCAAUCUAUGAAAAUGCAAAAUGUAAUGAAAAAAUAUGUCUGGCUUUAUUAGAUCGUGUUGAAAUUGCACAAACGGCGGUUAAAUCAUUGCAACGAAAAUAUCAAGCAAAUGAAAAAAAUUUUAGGGAUCAAAAUUAUUAUUAUGCUUGGGUUAGAUUUAUUAAUGUUCUAGAUAAUAUUAAGAAAUUUUCUAAAGAAGUUACGCAGCUAACAUUUUUUCAAAAGUUUAUAAAUGCUAAUGCUGUUAAAGAUGCUUUUGAAAAAAAUAUUAAAGAAUUUGAAGAAGUUUGUAAUGAUUUAAAUUUUACUAUGGCCAUGUAUAAUGCUGAGCAAAGAGAAAUGGAGGCAAAAAAUGUGGCAGAAGACCUUGAAAUGUUGAAAAGGUCAAUGAAUGAAAUGAAGGAUGAAAUGGCUGAAAUAAGGUUAGCAAUAACGGAAGUUACUACAUUGAUGUCAAAUGCCAAUCAAUUAGGUUCACAAAUCAAGAGUGGUGAUCCCGUGGUAGAUAAAACAGGUCCCCUGAUCGAAGAAUACAAAGCUCCUAAA